AUGUCUGAUGCUAGCUCGACAACGAGUGCGCAAUCCCCGAGCAGUGAGGAUGUAAAGCCCAGCCGGAUCGUCUCUCCAGAGCCAGACUCACUCUUCGUAGGCCAGGAUGCGUCCGAGAGACAUCCUGAUCUCGCUGCAAAUAAGCCGGUGGAGGAUGCCUUCAAACUCACUUCCGCCGAUUCUCCAUCGGAGAGCGGCAAGUCUUUACUGGAUAAGGAUGGCCGUGUCCCCAGAUACGAUGCCAGCAAGGAGAGGCUGCCGGCCUGCGGAUCCUACUUUCCUGAUUUCAUCCUAGCAGAGGAAACCGUCACGAAGGUUGUAGAACAUGUUCUACAAACCUAUACCGAAGCCAAGCUUGCCGGAUACUACAAUGAGGCGAUGGAGACUGUAUGCGGGCCUUCUGGCCUUGCUGACUGUCGGAUCCCAUCCGACAGAUACAAGAAGCCAGGCUCUGUCGCAGCACUUGGUCCAGCCGGUAGCGGAAAGUCCAGUGCGAUCAACUCGAUCAUGAGCCAGAAGAAGGUGGCUUUCGAGCAUGAUGGAGAUGAUCGAGGUACAUAUCUCGUGCACGAGUACCAAUCUGCCAUGCCCGACCAGAUUUCGACAUUUCGCGUCGUCGCAACCUACUACUCCCAGCAAGAUAUUAACAGACAAAUUAUCACGCAUUACGGCGACAUGAACGAGGCGAUCUUUGAAGAUUCUGGCGAGCAUUCUGAAGGCAGUGAGAGCGCACUUAAGCAGAAAUUCCAGACUGCACUUGACAACGGCGAAGAGGAGAUGGACACGGUUUGCACAAAGAUUUACGGCUUUGUGAAGGAGUUUCUCGCCACUCGGGAGGUGAGCAACGAUGGCGAGGAGCGCUACGAUGUAAACAGCGAGUUGGAACUCCAGGACGUCUUCAAGCGUGUGUGCCGUCCACCCAAGGGCCGAGGAUCCAAAGUCAAGAAAGGCUCACCCUGGCCCAUCAUUCGCAAGGUCGUGGUACACCAGAACAUUCCCGUCCUCAACCGCGGCGUGAUCCUGGCAGACACUCCCGGCUUCAAUGACCAGAACUUGGCUGUCGUUCAGAACACGAUGCGAUACCUGAAGGUUGCAGGCACCAUUCUUAUCUUCCUCACAUACAAGCGCAUCGAUCAAAAUUCACCGCUGGACCAGCUUCUACGCGAGUGUGUCGCUCUUGGCAGAACCAACAACAUCCGUCUGGUUGUCACUUCGAUCGAUGAGAUGAAGCCUCUGGACUUGGAAGACUUGGAUGCGGAGGGCAAGGCUUCUUUGGAGAGGGUAGAAACGAAGCACAGGAGAAUUCUCUCCGAGAUCAAGGAAACUGAAGCUGCCAAGAAGCAGGCGAAGGGCGUCGACAGUGCCAAAUUUGAGGCCAUGGACGGGCGGUUGGAUUUUUUGCUCUCAUCUAAAGCGAAGGCAGCAGCAGCGGUAAAACAAGCCACGAUCGAGAUUCGUUGCCGCGACAUCCAAAACAAUUUGAAAGGCAGACUCAAGGCGAUCGACAAGUCGAAGGACACCCCUGAUCUUCCCGUCAGCUUCAUCUCCAACACGCAAUACCAGCUCCACGUCAAGGGCUACGAUCCGAAGGACUCCGAUCCAAAAGAAGCGCCGUUCCUCGAUCUGCAGGCCACCGGGAUCCCACAGCUACGCCAAGUGCUUCUCGCCAUCCCGACUAUAGGGAAGCUGCAAACUCUCAAACAAAUUGUCACGAACCAGCUUCCAAACAUCUUGAACGGUGUCACUGGUAUUCUGACCAAGUCCAAGCUUGAGAGAAUCACUGAGGUCCGCAAGAUUGUCGACAGGGUCCUUCACAAGCACACUCAGCCGGUCGCAGUCCUCAUCGCCUCGAUCAUCCAGGCGUUCGAGAAGCAGGUUACUGGAACCAUAACGAAUAACCUUCCCGAGUGGCGAGAUGAGGCACAGUCCCAGUUGUCCCGAUGGGCGGAAAUGAACGCGGGUACAUUCAAAGGCUUCUGUGCUAGGGGUGGGGAGUGGGAGACCCACAAGACCCACGGCGACAUGAGAUGGAACCGCGACCUCGUUGAGAUCUCAGCCAACAAACWCCAUCCGGCCUUUAACAAGCUCAACAGUGACCUCGAAGAUAUCAAGAGGGUCUUCUCACAUGAUGUCCAGGAUCUUUUCCAGGGACUGUGCGGCGACAUUCGCUAUUCGAAAGAUGCGCAGGGCAGUGUACUUGGACCGUUCCUCAGCUUCGUCAACGGCACGGCCAUCGAGAUCGCCGAGCAGAUUGUGGAUGAGCUUGACGAGUUGAAGGUCAAGAUCGAUCAGUGUCGCCAUGCUGCGACUCUUGAUGUGGAUGGGAGCUACUUCGCAAAGGGCAUGGGAGACACCUACAAGGCGGCUACGCUACUCUCAGCCAAGACUCACAUUCCCAAGGAUCUCCCAUCUCCACCGAAGAACAGCACUGGUGGCAAGCGUAAGCGUCGGGCGAAGAAGCCUACCAUUGGAGCAGCCCGCGUCGAGGUGAUCUUGAACAAGUUUCGAGGCGAAAGCGGCGAGAAGAGCAUUUUCCUCACCGUCGGUCAGCUUGCCAAGGAGGAUCUCACGGCGUAUCUGAAGACGUGGUCUGAGAAGUGCAACGGCAUUAUCGAGACCGGAUACGGCAAGAUCGCCACGUACUUUGACAAUCACUUUCAGAAGGAUGAGGUCAAGGAGGAGGGUGAUAUCACCAGUGGCUGUGGAGAAGAUCAAGACCGCGGUCGAGGCGGCCAUCAAGACGCUCAAGACUGCAGAGCCGCACAUCGCUAG